ACCCACUCCCGCCACUCCCUCUUCCUCUCCUCAAUCCUAUUCCCGUCCCUAAUAUCCCUUUCCCCGACGACGCGGACGGCAACCACCCCCCGCCUCGACGCCCGUGCACGCCCGUUCACGUUACGACCUCUCUCGAUUGGACCUAGUAACGCCCCCGGUGGCUGCUACUACUCAGGCGACCCCCGCCAUGGCUUCGUAUCCGGCAUACAGCACCCGUCGCACGUCUCCGACGGUCAACACGACGCCCUACUUGAGCGCGAGCCCCCACGCGACGGGCGACGGCCAGUUCUACCCGCCUGGCGCGAGCCGCAUCUCACUGGACGACGACGACUCGGCCCAAGCACACUCGUCCCCGUACAAGAAGCCCGGCGACGUCACGGUCGACAUGCGCGCGAUUACGCGCACGCCCAGUCCGACGCCGAGCGAGGCGGAGGAGCUCACGAAGACGUCGUUGUUUGACUGGAAGGCGAUGUCGAGUUGGCGGUAUUGGAUCAGGAGAGAGUGGGUACUACGUCAUUUCGCUAUCGCACUGGUCGCGACGAUUCUGUUCACGGUAUUCCACACACAAAUAGUCAAAUGGCUACAGCCCGCUGCCAACUGGAUGCAUGAUCUCAAGUUUGGAUGGCUCAUCCCUAUCGGUAUCCUCUUCGUCAUUUCAUUCCCUCCUCUCUUUGGCCAUGAAAUCGUCGCCAUCCUGUGUGGUCUCGUCUGGGGUCUCUGGAUCGGCUUCGCUAUUGUGUGUGCGGGCACCUUCCUUGGUGAACUUGGUAACUUCUACGUGCGUGGCGAGAAGCUCGAGAAGACAGAUCUUCGGUACGCAUGCUUGGCGAAGGUCGUGCGGGAGGGUGGGAUCAAGAUUGCACUCAUCGCACGGUUGAGUGCUAUUCCUGGCACUGUACUCACGACUGCCGUGUUCUCAACAUGCGGCAUGAGCGUCUGGACAUUCAUCAUCGCCGCUAUCCUCUCGCUCCCGAAACAAUUUAUCACUGUGUACCUCGGUGUUGCCCUCGAGCAGUCGGACAAUGGCGGUUCGAGCACGCGGGACACCAUCGUCAAGGACGUCGUCGUCGGCAUCACGGUCAUCAUUACGUUCGUGGCGAUGUGGUACAUCUACAACCUCAUGAACAAGGCCAAACCCGGCGUCAUCUACGACCGCAGGAAAGCGAGGCAAGCGAAGCUCAUGGGAAUGGGCUCGUCUCCGUACUCCAACAGCUCGAUGCUCCAGUCGACCGCCUCCUCGGAGAUCCCGCUCACCGCGCGCGGCGAUAACUUCGGGGCCGCGGUUUAUCAGCAAUGGGACACCUCCGGGCGCGCAGUCGGUCACUCGGGCGACCCGAGGCUCUACGUCCCCGAACCGCGCCGCGCACCCCGUGCGGACACGGGCUCAAGUAUCGGGAGCGCGUACCAGAUGAGCGAGCGGGGCGGGUACCAGAGCACGCCAACAAGGAGUGAUUCUGGCCUGACGAACCCGUAUCCACACCCGUACGCGCAGGCGCAGGUGUCUAGACCGCCGUCACGCCGACGUACACCGCUACCCCCCACCGAUUGCUCCGCCCGUGUCUGCGCCUGCACAUGCGACCUCGCCGCAGUCCCGCCGAACAUGAGGCCACUGCAGACCGCGCCAGCCCAACACCCGUACGGUGCGCAAGCAAUGGCGGCGCCGAUGCCGAACCCGUAUGCGGCCUACGCACCAUCGCCACCGCCAAACGCGAACCCGUACGCGGGCUAUGCGCCCUCGCCGCCGCCUACGAACCCGAACAACCCGUUCUCACCUUCGUAUGGCGCGGGGAGCGCACCGUCGACGCCGACCGGACUCACACAGCACCAGUUCACGGGUGGGUACCCGUUCAGCACGCAGCAGGUGCCGGGGACCGCGCCGCUGCCGCCGACGUACUCCUCGCAGACGUUCGCGCAGCAGCAAUCAAUACAACAGCAGUACCCGCAGACGGCUGCACCCGCGCGCGGGCAGAGCCAGGCGGGGCCGAUGCCGCCGAACUACUCGUCUGACCUGCGAUGAGGCUUCUAGAUGGUGGUACCAGUAGUAGAGGCGGCAGGGACGCCGUGCGCUUGUGUGCUGCACCAUGGUCGGUGGACGGAUGGAUGUUGGCAUGCCUGCCGAGGGACAUCAAUGUACACUAGGGAUACCCUGUUGUACAUACGAGUCGAGUACGACGACGCUUCACUACUGCCGUGCCUUUUUUUCUCGCUUUUCUGAAUCCUGACUAUCGUUCAUACUCUUGGUGUAUUGUAUGCGUUAGAUACAUAGUACUUGCAUGCACGGACGGCUUGUGACUGGAUGUAGUGUCUGCGACUGGAUGCCUGCUGUGUGAAUGAGUAACGACACGGACUUGGACGCGA